CAGCAGGAACGAGUGUCAUAUACACCUCCCGAGAGCCCGGUGCCAAGUUACGCUUCCUCGACUCCACUUCAUGUUCCAGUGCCCCGAGCGCUCAGGAUGGAGGACGACUCGAUCCGCCUGCCCGCACACCUGCGCUUGCAGCCAAUUUACUGGAGCAGGGAUGACGUAGCCCAGUGGCUCAAGUGGGCUGAAAAUGAAUUUUCUUUAAGACCAAUUGACAGCAACACGUUUGAAAUGAACGGCAAAGCGCUCCUGCUGCUGACCAAAGAGGACUUUCGCUAUCGAUCUCCUCAUUCAGGUGACGUGCUCUAUGAACUCCUUCAGCAUAUUCUGAAGCAGAGGAAACCUCGGAUUCUUUUCUCGCCCUUCUUCCACCCCGGAAACUCUAUACACACACAGCCAGAAGUCCUACUGCAUCAGAACCAUGAAGAAGAUAAUUGUGUCCAGAGGACCCCGCGGCCUCCGGUGGAGAACGUGCACCACAACCCCCCCACCAUUGAACUGUUGCACCGGUCCAGGUCACCCGUCACAGCCAAUCACCGGCCUUCUCCCGACCCCGAGCAGCGGCCCCUCCGGUCCCCCCUGGACAACAUGAUCCGCCGCCUCUCCCCGGCCGAGAGGGCCCAGGGGCCGAGGCUUCACCACGAGAACAACCACCAGGAGUCCUACCCCCUGUCAGUGUCUCCCAUGGAGAAUAACCACUGCCCACCGUCCUCCGAGCCCCACCAGAAGCCAUCGAGCCCCCGGCAGGAGAGCGCCCGCGUGAUCCAGCUGAUGCCCAGUCCCAUCAUGCACCCUUUGAUCCUCAACCCUCGGCACUCCGUGGAUUUCAAACAGUCCAGGCUCUCCGAGGACGGGCUGCACAGGGAAGGGAAGCCCAUCAACCUCUCCCAUCGGGAAGACCUGGCGUACAUGAACCACAUCAUGGUCUCGGUCUCCCCGCCCGAGGAGCACGCCAUGCCUAUUGGGAGAAUAGCAGACUGUAGACUGCUUUGGGAUUACGUCUAUCAGUUGCUUUCUGACAGCCGGUACGAAAACUUCAUCCGAUGGGAAGACAAAGAAUCCAAAAUAUUCCGGAUAGUGGAUCCCAAUGGACUGGCUCGACUGUGGGGAAACCAUAAGAACAGAACAAACAUGACCUAUGAGAAAAUGUCCCGAGCGCUGCGUCACUACUACAAACUGAACAUUAUCAGGAAGGAGCCAGGACAAAGGCUUUUGUUCAGGUUUAUGAAAACCCCGGAUGAAAUCAUGAGUGGCCGAACGGACCGUCUGGAGCACCUCGAGUCUCAGGAGCUGGAUGAACAAAUAUACCAAGAAGAUGAAUGCUGAGGGAGCCAAGCCACCGCCUCCGCGGGCCAGCAGCCGGGGGCCCCUGCCCGCGCGGGGCCUGGAGGCCAGCCGAGCAGGCGGGCUGAGACUAGAACCAGAGGAGACCCGGAAGUGGGAGCGUCACCUGUCUCGGUCACGGGAGGGCCCCCAGAGCACCUUAGACAAACCACCCAGCAAAGGCGGGGCUGGGAUUCUGGCCGAGGGCACGAGCCUGGGACUCGCAGUUCCUGUUUCCUCCUCAUUUGGAACCUCUCCAUCUGUAAUUCCUCACCCUCACCCGUCCGCCUCUUGUUAGUUUCAUGGUGUUUUCGUUUUGGUUUUUUGGUUUUUUUUUUUUAAGACCAUGCAGUUUGACUUUUCAUCAUUCAUACAGGGGAAGACAGCCGAGGUUGUUUUCCUAUGGAAAUAUAUAUCUAUUAUAUAUAUCUAUUUUUUGCAAAUCUCACCAAGUGCGGCAAGCCCGGCUGGUCAGGAAAGAGAACACACAUGCAAAGAGUUUCAGGUUCCUCUUUAUCCUGCCCCAUGGACCAGGUUUGUGCCUGUUGCUGUUGGGUCUUGGCGGGCGGGGAAAAAAAAGACGCUUUGAAAAAAAGAUAAAGUGAAAAGGAGAGCUCUCUUUUUCUCUCUCUGGCUCUUUCCUCCCCUGCCUCCCCUCUGUCCUCCCUCCCUGCCUUGCUGUUGAGCUUCAGAUGCCUUUUAGCGGAGUCCAGGCUCCCGGACGGUCUUGGGAAUUGGUGACACUCAGACAGAGUCAGUGGUCUGGGUGCUUUGCAGCGGCGCUGCACAAAAAAUAAAAUUAAAUUGACUUUAAAA